CGACAGCUGCGGCGGCGGCGCUGGCGCCACCUCCCUCCGCCUCCCACGUCUGCCCCCGGCGCCCGGGCCCCGCCGCGGCGCCUCCCCGCUAGCUCAGCCGGCGCUCCGCCCGGCCGCCUCCCGACAUGAACAUCAUGGACUUCAACGUGAAGAAGCUGGCGGCCGACGCGGGCACCUUCCUCAGCCGUGCCGUUCAGUUCACAGAAGAAAAGCUGGGCCAGGCAGAGAAGACAGAAUUGGAUGCUCACUUAGAGAACCUCCUCAGCAAAGCUGAGUGUACCAAAAUAUGGACAGAAAAAAUAAUGAAACAAACAGAAGUAUUAUUGCAGCCAAAUCCAAAUGCCAGAAUAGAGGAAUUUGUUUAUGAAAAAUUGGAUAGAAAAGCUCCAAGUCGUAUUAACAACCCAGAACUUCUGGGACAAUAUAUGAUUGAUGCAGGAACUGAGUUUGGCCCAGGAACAGCGUAUGGCAAUGCUCUUAUUAAAUGUGGAGAAACACAGAAACGAAUUGGAACAGCUGACAGAGAGCUGAUUCAAACUUCAGCAUUAAAUUUUCUUACUCCUUUAAGAAAUUUUAUAGAAGGAGAUUAUAAAACAAUUGCUAAAGAAAGAAAGCUGUUACAAAAUAAGAGACUGGAUUUGGAUGCUGCAAAAACCAGACUGAAAAAGGCAAAAGCUGCGGAAACUAGAAGUUCACAACUAAACUCAGCUCGCCUUGAAGGAGAUAACAUUAUGGUAAAUUUCUCUUACAUGCUCAACUACCUGCAUGUAAAAUGGCUGAAGUCUGAACAGGAACUAAGAAUAACUCAGAGUGAAUUUGAUCGUCAAGCAGAGAUUACCAGACUUCUCCUGGAGGGAAUCAGCAGUACACAUGCCCAUCACCUCCGCUGCCUGAAUGACUUUGUAGAAGCCCAGAUGACUUACUAUGCACAGUGUUACCAGUACAUGUUAGACCUCCAGAAACAGCUGGGAAGUUUCCCCUCGAAUUAUCUUUGUAACAACAAUCAGACAUCCGCGACACCUGGGACAUCUGUGCCAUCUGUUUUAUCAAAUGUUGGUUCUUCUGCCAUCGCUUCAACAAGUGGCUUAGUAAUCAGUUCUCCUUCCAACCUCAAUGACCUGAAGGAGUCCAGCGGCAGCAGAAAGGCCAGAGUUCUCUAUGAUUAUGAUGCUGCAAACAGUACUGAGCUGUCGCUUCUGGCAGAUGAGGUGAUCACUGUGUUCAGUGUCGUUGGAAUGGAUUCCGACUGGCUAAUGGGAGAAAGGGGAAAUCAGAAAGGCAAGGUGCCAAUUACCUACUUAGAACUGCUCAAUUAAAUAGGUGGACUGUGCAAAGGUUACUCAUCGUGACACCGUAUUUAUAGGCAGUUCACUCUAAGUAAAGCAGGUUUAAGUACCUUCCAUUUUAAUGUCUUAAGAGACUGAAAUGAAAAUACCAGCUAUCAAAAACUGGCAUUUCUUCCAAUAAAGUUGCAUGGUAAAUAUUUCAUUAUAGAAUUUAUGUUAGAGCUUUCAUGCCAACAAUGUUUUCUUACAAAAUUCUUUCUACUGAACUUUCACUAACUAAGCAACGUCUACUUUGGAGACCCAACUUAGAGCAGAACUGUUUUAUACUGAAUUUCUAAUUAACAGUAAGCUUUUUCUUUUAUGUAAAAUAAAUUUAUUGUGAAUUGAUAAUAUCAGCGACUCAUUUGUUAGGUAUAAUUAAUAGCCAAAGAAUAAAAUUAAAAUUUCUUUUAAACUGUUGAUUUAGAACUCUAGGAUAUAAACUUAUUUUGUGAAAAAUACAGUGUUUCUGAAUGUUUCUUCCAUAAAGUGAAAUGAAGUUAUACCAUGUUUACCUUGUUGUCCAAUAGAAAUCAAAUGAUUGCAAUGCUGUGUUUUGAUGGGUUUGGUUUUUUAUUUUGGGGAGGUUAUUUUGUUUGGUUCUUUUGUUUUUUCAGUUUUUGUUUCUUUUGGUGGGUUUUUGUGGUUUGGUUGGUUGGUUGGCUGGUUGGUUGGGUUUUUUUGUUUUUGGAACACUACUGAAUUUUUUUUUUUAAUUUAAUUUAAGAACAACUAAUAGUCCUUGAAAAGCAUGGCCAUAAUUCUCUGACAUACUUAAGAAGUUCUAAAAUACCUGAAACAAAUUUAUUUCACUAAAUAUGUAUUUAGGAGUAUUCAAUUGGCACAAUUAAAUUCAUAAUCAGAAUUGGAUCUGUUAACUACCACAAUACAGUAAAAAUGAUUUGUUCUUAUUGAACAGUAUAACUGAAAAAUAAUGGAUUACUAUAACUACAUUUAUGUAGAGUAAAUUUACAUUUAAAAACAAAAUAAACUUUGCAUUGUUCUGAGCUUACUAAAACGGAUAAUUUAUUCAUAAAUGUAGAUUAUUUUGCUUGGGAUCUCUAGUUCUGAAAUACUAAUAAAAUUAUUGGUGGCA